AUGGAAUCCCAGAGGUCUGAAGAGUUGGAAAAUCCUUGGAGGAAGUCAGAAAGUGGGUCAUGGAAAAUCAGUGAUGAAUUGACCCAGGUGAGGCCUGAGCUCCUCUCAGAAGACCAGGAGCAUCCCCAGAGCGAAGAGGAAGGCCAAGACAAAGAACACCACCACAUCUCCAUUCAGAGAAAUUCCAUCUUCAAUCGCGCCAUGAGACACAGAAGCAGAGCCAGGGGCUCCCCUAGACGGAGCUCCAGCUGCCUGGCAGAUGCACCAGAAAAUAGGACAUCUGUGGAUGAGCCCUCGAGUCUGCCCCAGAGCAGGCCUCACUGGAGAAGGCUGAUGCAGACCACCGGCCCCGGGGCCCAGGGACUGAGCGAGUCGUCCUCCACCCCGGGAAACGCGACCACGCCCGAGGAGUGCCCGGCGCUGGCCGACAGCCCGACGACCCUCACCGAGGCCCUGCAGAGGAUCCACCCCAUUCCCGCCGACUCCUGGAGGAACCUCAUCGAGCAGAUAGGGCUCCUGUAUCAAGAAUACAGAGAUAAAUCCACUCUCCAAGAAAUUGAAACCAGGAGGCAACAAGAUGCAGAAAUCCAAGACAAUGAAGAAGGGUCCCCAACGGGGGAAGACACCCCAGACGAGGAGGAAGAGGAGGAGGAAGAGGAGGAACCCAUAAGCCCGCCUGAGAGGAAAGCUCUGCCCCAGAUCUGCCUGCUCAGUAAUCCCCAUUCCAGGUUCAACCUCUGGCAGGAUCUGCCUGAGAUCCGGAGCAGUGGCGUGCUGGACAUCCUUCAGCCGGAGGAAGUCAGGCUGCAGGAGGCCAUGUUCGAGCUCGUCACCUCCGAGGCCUCCUACUACAAGAGCCUGAACCUGCUGGUGUCCCACUUCAUGGAGAACGAGCGGCUGAAGAAGAUCCUGCACCCGUCCGAGGCCCACAUCCUCUUCUCCAACGUCCUGGACGUCAUGGCCGUUAGCGAGCGCUUCCUGCUGGAGCUGGAGCGCCGCAUGGAGGAGAACAUCGUCAUCUCGGAUGUGUGCGACAUCGUGCACCACUACGCGGCCGACCACUUCUCUGUCUACAUCACCUACGUCAGCAACCAGACCUACCAGGAGAGGACGUACAAGCAGCUGCUCCAGGAGAAGGCAGCCUUCCGGGAGCUGAUCGCACAGCUUGAACUCGACCCCAAGUGCAGGGGCCUGCCCUUCUCCUCCUUCCUCAUCCUGCCUUUCCAGAGAAUCACGCGCCUCAAGCUCCUGGUGCAGAACAUUCUGAAGCGGGUAGAAGAGAGGUCUGAGCGCGAAUGUACCGCCUUGGAUGCCCACAAGGAGCUGGAGAUGGUGGUGAAGGCCUGCAAUGAGGGCGUCAGGAAGAUGAGCCGCACGGAGCAGAUGAUCAGCAUUCAGAAGAAGAUGGAGUUUAAGAUCAAGUCGGUGCCCAUCAUCUCGCACUCGCGCUGGCUGCUGAAGCAGGGGGAGCUGCAGCAGAUGUCGGGCCCCAAGACCUCACGCACCCUGCGAACCAAGAAGCUCUUCCGUGAGAUCUACCUGUUCCUCUUCAACGACCUGCUCGUCAUCUGCCGGCAGAUCCCCGGAGACAAGUACCAGGUGUUUGAUUCUGCCCCGAGGGGCCUGCUGCGGGUGGAGGAGCUGGAGGACCAGGGCCAGACGCUGGCCAACGUGUUCAUCCUGCGGCUGCUGGAGAACGCGGACGACAGGGAGGCCACCUACAUGCUGAAGGCCUCCUCCCAGAGUGAGAUGAAGCGAUGGAUGACCUCGCUGGCCCCCAACAGGAGAACCAAGUUUGUUUCCUUCACAUCCCGGCUGCUGGACUGCCCCCAGGUCCAGUGUGUGCACCCCUACGUGGCCCAGCAACCCGACGAGCUGACGCUGGAGCUGGCCGACAUCCUGAACAUCCUAGAAAAAACCGAGGAUGGUUGGAUCUUUGGCGAGCGCCUGCAUGACCAGGAGAGAGGCUGGUUCCCCAGCUCCAUGACAGAGGAAAUCCUGAACCCCAAGAUCCGCUCCCAGAACCUCAAGGAAUGUUUCCGAGUCCACAAGAUGGAAGACCCUCAGCGCAGCCAGAACAAGGACCGCCGGAAGCUGGGCAGCAGAAACCGGCAAUGACCCCCAGGGCCAGCGCGAGCCGAGAGCUGGGAUGUGGCAGGGGUGGGGGG